UUGUCCUUCUCUGACCUCUGCUUUUCCUCUGUUACCAUGCCCAAAUUGCUACAGAACAUGCAGAGUCAAGUUCCAUCCAUCCCCUAUGCAGGCUGCCUGACCCAGAUUUACUUCUUUCUGUUUUUUGGAGACCUUGACAACUUCAUCCUUGUGGCCAUGGCCUAUGACCGCUAUGUGGCCAUCUGUUUUCCCCUGCACUACACCACUAUCAUGAGCCCCAAGCUCUGUCUCUCCCUGGUGGUGCUGUCCUGGGUGCUGACCACGUUCCAUGCCCUGUUGCACACCCUGCUCAUGACAAGACUGUCUUUUUGUGUGGACAAUACAAUCCCCUACUUUUUCUGUGACAUGUCUGCUCUAGUGAAACUGGCCUGCUCUGACACUCAUGUUAAUUAUUUGGUGAUAUAUAUCAUGGGAGGACUGGUUGUUGUCCUCCCAUUCCUACUCAUUAUCUUAUCCUAUGCACGAAUUGUCUCUUCCAUCCUCAGGGUUCCUUCUGCUCAGGGUAUCCAUAAAGCCUUCUCCACCUGUGGCUCCCACAUUUCUGUGGUGUCACUGUUCUAUGGGCCAGUCAUAAUUCUAUACUUAUGCCCAUCAGCUAAUAAUUCUACUGUGAAAGAUACUGUCAUGUCUCUGAUGUACACGGUGGUGACUCCCAUGCUGAACCCCUUCAUCUACAGCCUGAGGAACAGAGACAUGAAGGGAGCCCUAGGAAGAGUCUUUUGUCUGAAGAAAACUCCCACCUAUGUAUGA